ACAAGGAUCAUCAUGCUCCAACUCCCCAAUGAAAUUCGGGCCCUCAUCUUCGGUUAUGUCGAUUCUCAGACUCUCUCCGUUGUCUCAAUCACAUCUCGUCUUCUUCAUGCAGCAAGCGCAAGUGCUCUCCUCCGCCAUCUUGUAUGGCGAAGUCAUCGCCGAGCAGAAGAACAUCUGCACACUUUCUGGCAGAAAUAUCCUGACAGGGAGCGCUUUGUGCGCUCGUUGAGCCUCAAAUUCACCCCAGCACUGCGUAAAGACUUGAGUUCAGACCCAGAGCCCGACGGGUCAGAAUUUGACUUUGAUUUCCACCAGGACGUCUUGAGCAAAAUCAGCCGUUUCCAUUACAGCCUCUUCCAAUUAGUACUGUGUGGCCUAGCCAUUCCAGCCAACUUCUACGCAUUGCUCGACUCCCUUCCUCACCUUCGCGACUUGACAAUCCGACAGUGUGUCAUUCCCGAUCCCCCUCCACGCCUCUCGUGUCCACCGUCACUAGAAGUACUUACACUUGUACAUCUACGGCCUCGUCGACAAAGAGUCCCAACUUACAGUCCCUAUUUCAUCCAUCUUUUCCCCACCGUUACUCGUCUUGCAAUUGACCACCUCGGGAUCGCAACAUUUCCAGCACCCCACAGCUUUCCGAUGAUAUGCUCUCCAACUAACAUCGUACUAGCUUUCAGUUUCCCCUCGCUCAUGCUUCCAACACAGGACUACGCCAAUAUACUGCGCGAAAUCCCCUCGGAAAAUCUAUGCACGUUGACAGUCAUUGACACUUUCUGCUACAGUCCAACACGGCCUUCUUGCCCAGAACUCGAUUUCUGGGACACUAAGUUGCGGUUCCCGUGCCUCCACUCUGUGACGGCGCCACUCGCGAUCAUCAACGCUCUAAUAAGAGUCACGGCAGGGCUCCAACAUGUCGCUGUCCAGGGUGCCAUUUGGCAUACCCAUCUCGCCACUCGUCUGAUUGACGAACUCCAACAAUAUCGUCAUCAUGUCAGGUCGCUGGCCCUGACACUGGUUUCCUGGGACGAAUUGGUUGCUACACGUGCCUCUGAAGCGUUGCCGCGAUUGGAACGGCUGGAAAUCCUCUACCAAGUCGAUGGUGAGGGUGGAAUAGAUGACUUCCAGCCGCAGCCAUCGAAAGCCUUUUUCGCGACGAUGACAGGAAGGCACCUAAGCAAGCUCCCUCACCUGACCACACUGUGCAUCCACCCUUUCCCGGCUUCGCUCUACGAUUCGUUUCAGUUCCCCCUCCGCGCGCUGGAGGAACCAGCGACUCCCAGCUUCGCGUUAGUAGUUGAAGAAGGAUUGCGCCGUGUAAGCCCCGCCAAGAUCGAGGAAAUGUGGAGGUUGCUGCCCAAUUUGCAGCAGGUGACGCUUCCUGACGGUGACCAAGCAUUGCAAACCUGGAUCAGACAUGCGAAGGGUCAGUGGCGGGCAAUGGGGAAUUGUCGAGACUAUGAGGCUGGCUGGACCUCUGCGCGAGCAGUCCCGAAGACUAUGUAUGCAACCCAUGAUCCAUCCAUAUACGAAUAG